UCGACCGGUCGCGGGGAAGCUGGAGGCUGGUCGGGCGGAGGGGCGUCGUGUUGUUGCGUUUACGAUUUGACUCCCGAGGGGGGAGAUUUUAAAUUUCAAACUCAGUCCAAACUGUUACUGGAAGUUUUUUACGAAUGAGGGGCGAAGAGUCGUCGGAUUCGGAGUCGGGGAGGAUGGAGGAGAGUUCGGUCCGGAGGAGUUUGGAGACGUUGUGUCAGGAGCUGAACAUGGACGAACAGACUGCCGCUGCGGCCAUGGAGAACUUCACUGCCAUAUGGAAUACAUACACCCUGGAGGGGGAGGUGGUCCACUGGCUGGCCUGUUCGCUCUACGCAGCCUGCAGGAAGGGAUCCACCCCCACCGUGGGUAAAGGGCUGAUGGAGGGAAACUGUGUCUCCCUCACCAGGAUCCUCCGCUCCUCCAAACUCAGUCUGAUCCAGUUCUUCUCUAAGAUGAGGAAGUGGGCCGACAUGUCCAACCUCCAUCAGGACUUCAGGCUGCGAAUGGAGCGGCUGGAGCGCAACUUUGAGGUUUCCACGGUGAUCUUCCGCAAGUUCGAGCCCAUCUUCAUGGACAUGUUUCAGAACCCACAGGGAGGCGAGCCGCCACGGCAGCCGCGCAGCAGGAAGCACAGGCGGCUGCCCUGUCACAUCAGUGAUGUGUUCAAGUUCUGCUGGACGCUGUUCGUCUACACCAAAGGUAACUUCCGUAUGAUCGGUGACGACCUGGUGAAUUCGUACCACCUGCUGCUCUGCUGUCUGGACCUGGUGUUUGGAAACGCUCUGCUGUGUGCCAACAGGAAGGACCUGAUCAACCCGACCUUCAGAGGUCUGCCUGCUCUGUAUCGUGCUGAUGGUCACAUUUCAGCGGACGAGCCUCCUCCCUGUGUGUUGGAGAGGUUGUGUGAGCUGCAUGACGGACUGGUGGUGGAAGCGAAGGGCAUCAAACAGCACUACUUCAAACCGUACAUACAGAAACUGUUUCAGAAGCAGAUUCUGAGAGGUAACGGGGAGCUGCUAACAGAACUGUUGGAUCCUCAGAACUUCAUCGAUAACAAUAAAGCCAUAAACAGGGAGUACGAGGAGUACGUGUUGACGGUGGGAGAUUUUGAUGAACGAGUGUUUCUGGGAGCCGACGCCGACGAGGAAAUAGGAACCCCGAGGAAGAUUGUUCAGGAACCGUCCGCCAGUCAGACGACCAAUCAGAGCCAGCUGCAGCAGCAUGUAGAGAAGUCCGGCUCUCUCGCUCCCUCCACCCCUCUGACCGGACGGGUUUACCUGAAGGAGAAGGACCUGCUCGUCACGCCCGUCUCCUCGGCAACGCAGAGCGUCAGCCGGCUGCAGAGCAUGGUGGCCGGGCUGAGGACGGCCCCCAGCGACCACCUGAUGUCAAUACUCAAGUCGUGCUCCAGAAAUCCCACAGAGUCCAUACUGGCCAGAGUGAAGACACUGGGACAAACCUUCAAAGAACAUUACACCAACGACUCGGAGGACACACCCGGAUCUCAUAUGGACUUCGCAGAGAACCGUCUGAAGCUGGCUGAGAUCCUCUACUACAAGAUCCUGGAGAACGUGAUGGUUCCGGAAACCAAGCGGCUGCAGGGCAAAGACAUGAGUGUGUUGUUGGAGCAGGACAUCUUCCACUGCUCCCUGAUGGCGUGUUGCCUGGAGGUGGUGUUGUUCUCCUACAGCUCCCAGAGAACCUUCCCAUGGAUCAUCAGUAUCUUCAAACUCGCCCCGUUCUACUUCUUCAAGGUGAUCGAGGUGUUUAUCCGCUCGGAGGAAGGUCUGUCCAGAGACAUGGUGAAGCACCUGAACUCGAUCGAGGAGCAGGUUCUGGAGAGCAGAGCGUGGACCGCAGACUCGGCCCUGUGGAGCGCCAUGCAGGCUGCUGGGAACAAAGUCCCCACGGUGGAGGAGGUGAAUUUUUCCUCCUGUCUCGACACCGGUUCUGCUUCCGGCUCCAGCGGUGGAGGUCAGUCUCACCUGCCUCUGGUCGCCCUCUCUCCCAUCAUCCACCCCCGCAUCAGGGAGUUCAGAUCAGGGCUGGGCAGCGCCCGCAAAGAUGUGCCUCCCUCUCCACUUUCGGUCCACGACAGGUACAGCUCUCCUGCAGCCGGCAGCGCCAAGCGGCGUCUUUUCGGCGACGACCCUCCGGCCCCGACGUCGGGACUGAACCCCAGCCUGAGCCCGGUGUCGUCUCCGGCCAAGAGGCUGACGUUCGGCACGAGCGCCACCCUGAGGAUCGGAGGUCAGGGUAGCCAGACCACCGUUCUCAGCAUCCCACUGCAAGGUAUGAAUAAUGACCGCACCAUCGCACUGAUCCCGGUUCAGCCGUGUGACUCCUCCGGUACCGUCACUGCUCAGUUUCUGCUCACCGCCUCCCCGAGCCGAGCCCCCGCCGCCGCACCCACGGCCUCCGACCCCCAGACAGGAGCCAGUCGGCCGCGACGCACCGGAUCGCUCGCCCUGUUCUUCAGGAAGGUGUAUCACCUGGCCAGUGUUCGUCUGAGGGAUCUGUGCGUGAGGUUGGACAUCUCGUCGGAGCUGCGUGGGAAAAUCUGGACGUGUUUCGAACACGCUCUGGUCCACUGCACUGACCUGAUGAAGGACAGACACCUGGACCAGCUGAUGCUCUGCUGUGUUUACAUCAUAUCCAAAAUCACCAAAGAGACUCACACCUUCCAGGACAUCAUGAAGUGUUACCGCAGCCAACCACAGGCCAACAGCCAUGUGUACCGCAGUGUGUUGCUGCGUCACACUCCCAGGGAGCAGGUGGCUGAUGAGAACAUGGAGGUGGAUCCUGUUUCUGGUGGCGAAUCUGCCGAAAAAAACAAUCAGGCUCCGGGAGAAGCAAACUCCGACCAAUCAGGCGUGGAGGAACGUGGCGACCUCAUCCAGUUUUACAACACCGUCUUCGUCCUGAAGAUGAAAAGCUUCGCUCUGCGAUACGCCACCUACGACAGCCGGACGGACGCUCCUCCUCUCUCUCCGUUCCCGUCGGUCCGGGCUCAGCCUCUCUCUCCUCGCCGAGUCUCCCAGAGACACUCGCUGUACGUCUCCCCCCACAAGAACUCAGCCGGCUGCCUCACCCCCAACUCCUACACCUACAGGAUCAACAGCAGCCCGUCCAAGGAGUUGUCAGACAUCAACCGGAUGAUCAGGCAGGGCUGUGUGAGCAGGAAGAGGGCCUUCACCAUGGAGGGCGACGUGAUGAUGUCAUCAGCGGUGUGCGACUCCCCCAGCAAGAGGGCGUGUCCGGAGAACGGCAGCAGCCCGGACGUGCUGCUGAAGCGUCUGCAGGACGUCGUCUCCGAGCGUCAGAGUCGCUGACGGGACAGAAAACCUGAAACGUCCCAGAAACUGUUGGUCAGUUUAAAACGCUGCAGGUAACCGUGGAAACACGUUUGUAACUGACGCCUGUUCGUUAUGACCUGAGGGUCGGACGAGCUCUGCAGUGAAUAAUGGCAUUAAUCAAGCCAUCAGUUUCAUCCAAAGCACAUUUUGAUUUGUGUUUUUCACAAGCCUCAAAACUCAAACUCACACACAGUGAUAAUAUCAGAAAUAUGAUAUUUACAAUUAACAGUGAACACACCACAGUCACUGAGAUGUUUAUCUACCUCUUCACUCAGAGCUCUGCAGGUGUGUCAAGAAGCUCAGGUGAACUGAACAUCAUCCAAUUCAUCGCUAUUAAAAUAAAACUAAAUUAUCACUUUCUGCAGAAGGAAGAUGAAAAACUGUUCUGCUCUGUUUCUCUGAAUCAAUGAGAUUCUCAGUUUUUGUUUUACAAAGUAGGAUUCAGAAUUCUGAGAUAAUAAGAUUUUUUUUUCUGAUAAUUUUCUGUUAAUUCAGAGAAACAGCAGAAACUUUUUUUUUCUAAAGUGAGAAGCACUUCACUUUCCCUUCUCUCUCUCUCUCUCUCUGUCUCUCUCUCUCUCUCUCUGUCUCUCUCUCUCUCUCUCUCUCUCUCUCUCUCUCUCUCUCUCUCUCUCUCUCUCUCUCUCUCUCUGUCUCUCUCUCUCUCUCUCUCUCUGUCUCUCUCUCUCUCUCUGUCUCUCUCUCUCUCUCUCUCUCUCUCUGUCUCCCUCCCUCUCUCUCUCCCUCUCUCUCUCUCUCUCUCCCUCUCUCUGUCUCUCUCUCCCUCUCUCUCUCUCUCUCUCUCACACAACCAGCGACACAAGUCAAGACCCGUAUAAUAAACCCCAUCCACUUUCAGCAGAAUAAUAUCUCCUCACAUGAACUGUACAGGUCAGUACAGUGUUCAGCUCAAAAACAUGCAGGUAUUUCACUGUGGAACAGCUGAAGUAUCACAGGAAGAAAAAAGUGAGAAUUCAACACUUUAAAUUUAUUAUAAGCUUCUUUUUUUCUUUACUUUUUUUUUUCUUAUUGAGUGGCGACCUCGUCGGCUGUUUUCACUGAAGUGAAACUAAAACUGUCGGGACGAGCCCAGAGGGAAUCAAACCCUCGCCUUUUGUUUUCACAUAUAGACGCCAGUAUUAAAAAAUGAAAGUCCAUGAAGUGAAGAGGAAAGUCUCACUGAUGUGGACCGUUUAAAUGCUUCAACUAUCAGGGAUUGAAACGUCAUGAGGUUUUGUAGCUUCAACAGAUUUGACCUUUAAACUUUUGUCUGAAUAGUUUCCUUUUAACGUGACGAAUCGAGAUCUGUUGUACAUUCUCUAGUAUUAAACGCCUUCACUACACCGUCGCCCGGCUCUCUACGUCUUAGAGAUUUCACUGUCGGGGGAAAAGUUUUAUUCUUUCUACUAAUCAGUUUUGUUUCCUUUUUUAAUUUUCCUCCUUGUGGUUGUGACCCAUUAAACGCUGUAUGAUGCUGUAAUAACAGGUUUAAUGCUAACGACGAGAGUGCUGGAUGAAACAGCAUGUUUGUACCUGAGUGUGUAGUAUCUACACUUCAUCUUUUAUUGAACUUAACUUUUUAUUCAUUCAUACAACAGCAUUGCUGUUAGAAAUCAACAUCUGUUUCCUUCACAUCUGGGUUAUUAAAAGCACAUCAGCAGAAAGAGUUAAAGACAAAACACUUGUUGUGAAUGAAAAGUAGAUUAAUAACAAUAAUGGAUGAGAAUCUGUCUCCAGGACUCGUCUUUGUCUCUGCUGCUUCCUGUGUCUUUGCUUUUCAUGGAAAUUUGUAUUUUCUACAAACAGGUAACAGUUUUGUACAAUAAAAUUUACUUUAAGCUCUA